UGACCACAAUCCACGAUAAUGUCUAUGCAACCAUCGCACAUUUCUCUGCCCAACACCAUUCGCACUAUUAUGUUCCCCAGUUCUGACGCUAAAGGAGACAUCAGUCCAUUCUCCCUGCCUCCUAAAACAUUGGUUGACUUCUCUCUGUGGAUGUUGAACAGAGCUGGGAUAGUCGUGACGGAGUGGCGGGCUUUACUAUAUAGGCGGAUGAAUGUGCCAUUAGUUCCUUUUUCUAAACCUCUUCAGAACUUUUCCUACAUCGUUCCCGAUGAUAAGCUGCAAGAGGCGUCAGAAGUCCUCACUUCCAUGGGCUUACCGCUAUCUGUGCCCGACCCGCUAUAUCUUUCCACAGGAGGAGACUUAUUUGCAAAGGCCCUCCUUCACAGAAUAACUCUAUCAGCUAAUCUCGGGCCAGCGCGGUUCAUCCUACUCUACCCAUCAUCCUUUUGCCCAUUUCGUCCUUCCGAGCUGGAGUCUGUCAAUCAACCCCUCUUUGGUCUUGAUUUUUUGUCUGUACCGCUCAAUGUGCCAACCGCAUCAGCGACUUACGCAUCUCUUGUCCGUACUGUAGCCGUGUACAAGAGGCACAAUGCCACGAGGAAGACGCUGUUAAGCGAGUUGGCUCAACUGGCACUCUAUAACCUAUAUGACGGUGAUUAUGGGAAAUAUUCAGGAGACGAGGAUGACGACGAAGAAAGCGAAAGGGAAAUACAGCAGGCCGUCGCUGUUGUACGUGGGUGGACUUGGAAUGCAGAUGAAGAAUGGAUUGGUGAUGCGCUGGUGGAAGUCGUUGCUACAUCUGCAUAUCGUAAUCUUCCAUGGACGGACUGUUGAGGGUGCAGGCAUUGGUUACAAUAUCAGGUAAGCCCUAGAUUUGCAGUCUGAGCAAGCUCAUACCAGCCAGAGGAAUACAUAUAGCAACUAUCAUGUCACGAUCACGUACGGAC